GGCGCGGCCCGGCCGGCGCUGAGCUCCGCGUGUCUCCACGCGCAGUACGCGUACUUCAGGAUGGGCGUCCGGCAGAAGGAGAUGGUGAAGGCCCGGCUGUUCUGCACGCCCUUCGCCGAGCUGAGGAACCGCCACGUCUUCCUGGAGCGCCGCGGGAUUUACCGCACCCCGCUCAAGGGCCAGAGCCAGAGCGACAACCCCGCGCUGCGGGACCUCCUGCGGCCGACCGAGGGCGACUUCGUGGCCGGCGUGGCCCGAGCCUCAGCCGAGGAGUACGAGGUGUUCAAGAGGCUGCUGGCCCGGGAGGAGGAGGAGGAGGAGGAGGGGAUGGAGGAUGAGGAAGAAGACGAGGAGGAAGAGGAGGGCAGCGCUGCACUGCACGCAGAGGAACACGAUAGGGACUGGCAGCGAUAAGGACGGCUCCGAGCUCUCCCGAGCUGCCCCGUGUCCACCCCCACCUCAGCGACCAGCUGCUCCACAGAAUAUACCGUUUCUAUAAAGUGUUUUUAUUUAUUUAUUAAAAAAAAAAA